GGCACUCCGAUUCCUCAUUUUAGUGGCAAUUAGCAAAACUCAGGAGGCUCUUCAACAUUCCUUUCUCGCCCUUCAAAGCUAGGCUACAUAAUGCUAUAAAUUCCAUUUCGUUCGGGACUCAGAGCAUCAGAAAAUCGUGAUUGCCGACUCGCCUGGAUAUCUCGAUCAGCCCAAAACCGCCAUAGUUAGAUCUCUGGAUUUGCUUGAAAGUUGAGACUCACAAUCACCACCACAAGAGAAGGAGAAGAAAUGGACAAUUCUGGCAAUCCUCAGGAUAUGAUGGUGCCACCAAUUGAAGGUGUUGCUGGAGGAGGGACUGCAUAUGGUUGGGGCAAUAGUGGCUUCCAUGAUCCAAGUUCACUUAAGGGGACAAUUGAUCCUUCAAAAAUUCUAUCUGCUGAUUUAUUGCAUGUCUGGUGCCUGCCAAGUACAGCAAAUGUUGGCCCACAAGACAUGCCUCGACCUUUGGAGCCUAUAUCACUUCUCGUGGCUCGAAAUGAGAGAGAGAGUUUUCAAAUUGCUAUACGCCCAAAAGUUUGUUGGGGUGGUUCAGGUAUUGCAGGGGUUGCACAGAUUCACUGCACCGACCUAUGUUCCACUGCAGGUGACAGCAGGUUGGUAGUAGGUCAGUCCCUAACAUUAAGGCGAGUGGCCCCUGUCUUAGGUGUUCCGGAUGCACUUGUGCCCCUUGAUAUGCCAGUCUCACGAAUAACUCUAUUUCCAGGAGAAACAACUUCUAUUUGGGUUUCCAUAGACGUUGCUAGUGCACAGCCACCAGGUCAUUAUGAAGGAGAGUUAGUCAUAACUGCUACAAAGACAGAUGCAGAUCACCACAGAUCUACAACACAAGGCCUGGGCAAAGCUGAGAAGCGUCAGUUGUAUAGAGAAAUUAGAGAUUGUCUUGAGAUUAUGGAGCCCACUGAUGGAAAAUCAAUUGAUGAAUUGGUAGAAAGAGUGAAAUCUGCCACUACAUCUUUAAGAAGAGUUCUUCUGUCGCCAUCAUUUUCUGAUUUCUUUUCAGAUAAUGGUUCAGUAGAUAUGAUGGAUGAGGAUGCUAUCUCAAACCUUUCAAUACGUUUGAAGCUAAGUUUGACUGUAUGGGAUUUUAUUCUGCCAACAACACCUUCACUUCCUGCUGUUAUCGGUAUAUCUGAUACUGUGAUUGAAGAUCGUUUUGGGGUUGAACAUGGGAGUAAGGAGUGGUAUGAGGCACUGGAUAAGCAUUUUAAGUGGUUGCUUCAAUAUCGGAUCAGCCCAUAUUUUUGCAGAUGGGGUGACAGUAUGCGUGUUUUGGCAUAUACCUGCCCAUGGCCCGCUGAUCAUCCAAAAUCAGAUGAAUAUUUUUCGGAUCCACGACUUGCAGCUUAUGCUGUCCCAUAUAGUCCAGUAGUCUCUAGUCAUAAUGUAGCAGAGGACUUCUUGCAUCAGGAAGUUCAGAUAUUAAGAGCAAAGAGUCACUGGAAAAAAGCUUAUUUUUAUUUAUGGGAUGAGCCGUUAAACUUAGAGCAGUAUGAUUCCAUUCGUAACAUGGCUAGUGAAAUUCAUGCCUAUGCUCCUGAUGCUCGCAUUCUUACCACCUACUACUGUGGUCCUAGUGAUGCACCUCUUGCUGCUAAUAAUUUUGAGGCAUUUUUGAAAGUUCCUGGAUUUCUAAGGCCUCAUACUCAGAUAUAUUGCACAAGUGAAUGGGUGCUUGGCAACCGGGAGGAUCUGGCAAAGGACAUUAUUGCUGAAUUACAACCAGAAAAUGGUGAGGAAUGGUGGACAUAUGUGUGCAUGGGGCCAUCUGAUCCUCACCCUAACUGGCACCUUGGGAUGCGAGGUACCCAGCACCGAGCAGUGAUGUGGCGGGUGUGGAAAGAAGGGGGGACAGGUUUUCUAUAUUGGGGUGCCAACUGCUAUGAAAAGGCAACUGUUACCAGUGCAGAGAUUAGAUUUAGGCGUGGCCUUCCUCCAGGAGACGGGGUCUUGUUUUACCCUGGGGAGGCAUUCUCAUCUUCCCAGCCAGUUGCUUCACUUAGACUGGAGCGACUUCUUAGUGGCCUGCAGGACAUCGAGUACCUCAAGCUCUAUGCUUCACGAUUCGGUAGGGAGGAAAGUGUCUCUCUCAUGGAAAAAACGGGCACGUAUCUGGGGCCGGAGCAUUACACUCACGAGCAUGUGCCGAUAGACGUAAUGCGGAGUGAGAUUUUCAGGACAUGCCGGUCCUAAAUAUAUGCUGCUUUCAGUUUCUGGCAGGUUUUGGUGAUUUUGUUUUGUAUCCCUAUUUAAAUUUGCUUUUGACAUUCUUAACCUAAGGAUUCAUAUAGUCAAAUUACAGUUUUUAUGCGCAUUCAGUAAAUUGAAAGGAGAGGCAAAUCUA